UGUUCAAUGUUUGCUACAGCUCAAACGCUGUUGUUUUAUUACUAAACUCAUUGCAAAAGCAAUUGUAACCCAAAUCGAUUUACCUCUAACGACUACGUUAUGUUUAAAUAUCUGGGUUUUGACAGUAUUUUAGCAUGUUCACUGAACACGUUUGCAGUGCAAUGCAACUGAGAAAAAACAGAAUUAAUUAAAAUAUUUUUAGGGCCAAGGAAACGCUGCUCAUCAUUAACCCAUAGAGAUCCGUUCAUCGUGCUGUCAUCAAGCUCUGCAGCCUUUUAUGCCGAAUGUCUGCUCAGAAAAAGAGAGAAUCAUCACAGCUGAGAAAAAGCCAUGUGUACAGGCUUUUACACGUAUGGUGAAGGUUUGGAGGCAAGGAUGCACAGGUCAUGCUUGGUGUAUGGACUAUGAAAGGAGGACUGCCUACUACAUAAGCUACAGGCAGGUCUACAGACAAGAUUUUAAGACUACAUACAAAUGCUGUCGUGGAUGGUCCCAGUUCAAUGCAGAGGCAGGCUGCCUCUAUCAUAUUGAUGAGUGCCAGGUUCACAACGGGGGCUGCCAGCAUAGGUGUGUGAACACCAGAGGCUCGGUCUACUGCGAGUGCAACCCGGGGUUUCGUCUGCACAUUGACGGCCGCACCUGCAUAGCUGUCCUAUCCUGUGCAGUGAAUAAUGGAGGCUGUGAGCAUGAAUGUGUCCAACUUUCUCCAGUUCACUUCCAGUGCCGCUGCAGACGUGGGUCCCAGCUCACAGCUGAUAGAAAGCGCUGCAGACUGAGGAACCCAUGUGCGGAGAGGAAUGGCGGCUGCGUGCACUUAUGUCGCAGUGAUGGCGGUCAUGCUGUGUGCAGCUGUCACCAAGGCUUCAUGCUGGCCCCGGACCAGAAGAACUGUGAAGAUGUCGAUGAGUGUGAAACAGGAUUGGCAGCGUGUGCUCACAGUUGCCGGAACACUCCGGGCUCCUUCUCAUGCAUCUGCAAUCCAGGAUACGAGCUGGGCUCUGAUGGCAGGAAAUGCUACCGUAUUGAAAUAGAGAUCGUUAAUAGUUGUGACUCAGAUAACGGUGGCUGUUCACACCACUGUCAGCAUGACACACUUGGACCCGUCUGCAGCUGUAACCAGGGUUAUCAGCUUGUGGAGGACCGCAAAACCUGUUUGGAUCUGGAAGAAUGUGAGGAGGGAACUUCAUGCUGUGAGCAGGACUGCACAAACUACCCCGGAGGUUAUGAGUGCUACUGCAGGGCAGGAUACAGACUCAACGCUGAUGGAUGUGGAUGUGACGAUGUGGAUGAGUGUCUGUCUGAUAAUGGGGGCUGUGAGCACACGUGUCAGAACACAGCUGGCUCCUAUCACUGCUUCUGUGAGUUUGGAAACCGGCUUGCUGAAGACAGACACUCCUGUAUUCCCCUGGAGAGAGCGGUUGAGGAAUUGUCCAGUCCAGCGGUGGUUGAGAGACCUCUCCUUCAUCUCACGCUCCUACAGGACUACCCACAACCCCUGGAGCUCUAUCACGACUACGAGGACGAUGAUGGCUUUGGAGAGCUGCGGGCAGAUAGCACCCUCUCUGAGAAAUUUGUGUGUUUGAAUGGGACGUUUGGCCAUGACUGCAGCCUGACAUGUGAAGACUGCUCUAACGGAGGACUGUGUAACAUUGACAGAGAUGGUUGUGACUGCCCAGAUGGUUGGACAGCAAUCAUUUGUAACCAAACCUGUCCAGAGGGAACAUUUGGCAGAAACUGUUCAUUCACCUGUAAGUGCAAAAACGGUGGCACCUGUGACCCGAUUAGUGGGAAGUGCCGCUGCCCACCUGGAGUCAGUGGAGACCUGUGCCAGGACGGCUGUCCGAAGAGACUAUAUGGAAAGCACUGCAACAAGAAAUGUAACUGUGCUAAUAACGGCCGCUGCCAUCGCACAUAUGGAGCUUGUCUGUGUGAUCCAGGACUCUAUGGCAGGUUUUGUCACCUACCUUGCCCCAAGUGGUCGUAUGGAUCUGGCUGCUCAUCGGAGUGUCAGUGUGUGCAGCAGAACACGCUUGAGUGCCAUCGACGUCAUGGAACAUGUGUGUGCAAGCCUGGCUAUCAGGGCAAGACCUGCAACCUGGAGUGUGAUAGUGGAUACUACGGUCCAGGAUGUAAAUCAAAAUGCCAGUGUCCAGCGGGAGUGUCUUGCCAUCACAUGACCGGCCAAUGUCAGCGUCAGUGCCCAGCCGGUCUGCACGGGGAUCACUGCGACCGAAAGUGUGCUGUGGGACAGUUUGGAGUUAGAUGUUCACAGUCUUGUGACUGUAAUGGAGCUCCAUGUGACUCAGUGACUGGGAAGUGCCACUGUCCCGCUGGGCAGACAGGAGAACACUGUGAGAAAGAGUGUGAAGAGGGCCGCUGGGGGCUGGGAUGUGCAGAGCUAUGCCCUUCCUGUGAUAAUGGUGGAUUGUGUGAUCAGCAAAACGGCACCUGUAUUUGUCCACCGGGAUACAUGGGAAAUCUCUGUCAGAAUGUCUGCCCAUUUGGACACUUUGGCCUCAGCUGCCAGUUGCGCUGCACCUGUGAAAACAGCGGGCAUUGCCACCAUGUGACAGGUUUCUGUGUUUGUAAAGACGGCUGGACAGGACCCAACUGUGCGAAAGCUUGUGAGGCGGGACGCUGGGGGCCGAACUGCGCCAACCAGUGUGACUGCAGGAGCAGCGUGGGCAGCUGUGACCCUGUGACUGGGCAGUGCCACUGUGAAGCAGGCUACACGGGACCACGCUGUGAUCAAAAAUGUCCAGAGGGUUUCUUUGGCCAGGGCUGCCGUCACAGAUGCCACUGUGAGAAUGAAGCAGCGUGCGAGCAUGUGAGCGGUGCCUGUACUUGUUUACCAGGCUGGACUGGAACGUACUGUGAAAAAUCCUGUCCUGAGGGUUUUCAUGGUUUCGAAUGCCAGCAGAAGUGCCAGUGCUUGAAUGGUGGUCGUUGUCACCCCGUGACUGGAGACUGUCAGUGUCCAUCUGGUUGGGUCGGGCCUCUUUGCAACACCACAUGUGAAGCUGGCACCUAUGGCCCUGGCUGCAGUCAAACCUGUAACUGCCACAAUAAUGCCACAUGUGACCCUGCUGAAGGAAAAUGUGAGUGUGGAGCAGGAUGGACGGGGAGCAGCUGUGAACAAGAGUGCCCAUCUGGUUUCUAUGGUGUGGGCUGCCACCUGCACUGCUUGUGCCAGAACGGAGGGUCAUGUGACCGAAUCAGCGGGCACUGCACAUGUCUAAGUGGAUGGACUGGAGUGGCAUGUGAACUGGAAUGUGCUCUGGGAGACUUUGGCAUGGACUGUCAACACAAGUGUGAGUGUGAGAAUGGCGGCGUGUGUGAUCGACAGAAUGGCAGGUGCUCCUGUCCCGCAGGCUGGAUGGGCUCAAGCUGUGAGAUGGCGUGUACUCAAGGUUCAUAUGGUCCAGGCUGUAAGCAGCAGUGCAGGUGCGAUCAUGAGGCCCCAUGUCACCACAUCACUGGCACUUGCAUCUGUCCUGCAGGCUGGAGAGGGUUGCACUGCGAGAAAAUUUGUUUACCUGGUUCAUAUGGGAAGCGAUGCGCUCAGGGAUGCCACUGUCCUCGUGGCACUUCCUGUAACCAUGUGACCGGGGAGUGUGGCUGCCCACCUGGAUUUACUGGUAACGGCUGCGAGCGAAUGUGUCAGUCAGGUACGUUCGGACUGAACUGUAAUCAGGUGUGCCAGUGCUCCGAGGUUAAUCAGCUCUGUCACCCCGUCACUGGUGUCUGCUACUGUGCUCCAGGAUAUCAAGGCAGCAAGUGUGAUACAGCGUGUGCGGCAGGCCAUUAUGGUCCCAACUGCGAGCAGGAGUGCCAGUGUCUGAAUAACGGAGUGUGCAAGACCAGCACUGGCACCUGCACCUGCCCCCCGGGAUACAUUGGACCGAACUGCAAUAUCACCUGUCCAUCAGGGCGUUAUGGGCAGGACUGUGCACGAGUGGCUUUGUGUGGUGAAGGGGCCCGGAGCGAUCCGGUCACAGGCAGAUGCGUGUGCAAAGCGGGCCAGCGAGGGGAAGACUGUGGCAAAGGUUGUCCUAAGGGCUGGUUUGGGGAGGACUGUGCUCAGCGCUGUAACUGCAGUAAUGGAGGACUGUGUGACGCGGUCACAGGAAACUGCACCUGUGGACUGGGCUGGACAGGAGACAGCUGUGAUAGAGAGUGUCCCAGAGGCCAAUAUGGGGUUAACUGCAGGGAAAUAUGUUAUUGUAAAAAUAACGGCACCUGUGACAGAGUGACGGGCGAGUGUCACUGUCCUCCUGGGUACUACGGACAUCUCUGUGAACAUGCAUGCCCUGUUGGUUUCCAUGGACAUCGCUGCCAGCUUUUGUGUGACUGCCAUGCCAAUGCACCUUGUGACCCUGGAACCGGCCGCUGUCUCUGUCCUCCAGGAUAUCAAGGACUUCGCUGUGAUAGAGGAAAAGUGGACAACAUGAAGUCCAACAUGAAGGAGAAGACUAUUCAUAUUGAAGUUCCUCCUGAAUGA